UACCUUCAAAAAAUAUGGAAAAGCAUAAAGAUCAUAAACCACAUCAAUGUUCAGAGUGUCUGAAAUGUUUUAGUAGAAAAGGCAGUCUUGUGGCACAUAUGAGAGUACAUACAGGAGAUAAACCAUAUCAAUGUACAGAGUGUCUGAAAUGUUUUAGUCAAAAAGGCAGUCUUGUGCCACAUAUGAGAGUACAUACAGGAGAUAAACCAUAUCAAUGUUCAGAGUGUCUGAAAUGUUUUAGUAAAAAAAGCAAUCUUGUGAGACAUGUGAGAGUACAUACAGGAGAUAAACCAUGUCAAUGUUCAGAGUGCCUGAAAUGUUUUGGUAAAAAAGGCAAUCUUGUGAGACAUGUGAGAGUACAUGCAGGAGAUAAACCAUAUCAAUGUUCAGAGUGUCUGAAAUGUUUUAGUAAAAAAAGCAAUCUUGUGGCACAUAUGAGAGUACAUACAGGAGAUAAACCAUAUCACUGUUCAGAGUGUCUGAAAUGUUUUAGUAAAAAAAGCAGUCUUGUGGCACAUAUGAGAGUACAUACAGGAGAUAAACCAUAUCACUGUUCAGAGUGUCUGAAAUGUUUUAGUGAUAAAAACAGUCUUAUGAGACAUAUGAGAGUACACACAGGAGAUAAACCAUAUCAAUGUUCAGAAUGUCUGAAAUGUUUUAGUGAUAAAAACAGUCUUAUGAGACAUAUGAGAGUACACACAGGAGAUAAACCAUAUCAAUGUUCAGAAUGUCUGAAAUGUUUUAGUGAUAAAAAACAUCUUGUAACACACAUGAGAUUACAUACAGAAGAUAAACCAUAUGAAUGCUCUGAGUGUCUGAAAUGUUUUAAAGUAAAAAAUUAUCUUGUGAAACAUGUGAGAGCACAUACAGGUGAUAAACCAUAUCACUGUUCAGAGUGUCUGAAAUGUUUUAGCGAUAAAAACAGUCUUGUGAGACAUAUGAGAGUACACACAGGAGAUAAACCAUAUCAAUGUUCAGAGUGUCUGAAAUGUUUUAGUGAAAAAAACAGUCUUGUGGUACAUGUGAGAGUACACACAGGAGAUAAACCAUAUCAAUGUUCAGAGUGUCUGAAAUGUUUUAGUUAUAAAAACAGUCUUGUGAAACAUGUGAGAGCACAUACAGGAGAUAAACCAUAUCAGUGUUCAGAGUGUCUGAAAUGUUUUAGUUAUAAAAACAGUCUUGUGAAACAUGUGAGAAUACAUACAGGAGAUAAACCAUAUCAGUGUUCAGAGUGUCUGAAAUGUUUUAGUGAAAAAGGCAGUCUUGUAACACAUAUGAGAUUACAUACAGGAGAUAAACCAUAUCAAUGCUCUGAGUGUCUGAAAUGUUUUAGUAGAAAAACCUAUCUUGUGAGCCAUACACAAAAACAUUCAGGAGAUAAAACAUGUUAGUGUUUAAUGUUUCAGGAAUAAUUGAGAGUGAAAUAUGAUAAUGAAAUUCCAGUCAUGUAAACCAUAUACCUAGUAGGUUGGUAGGCAGCAACCACCCUGGGAGGUAUUACCAUCCUGUGGUUGUAGGUUGGUAGACAGCAACCACCCAGGGAGGUACUACCAUAGUGUGGUAGUAGGUUGGUAGACAGCAACCACCCAGAGAGGUACUACCAUCCUGUGGUAGUAGGUUGGUAGACAUCAACCACCCAGAAAGGUACUACCAUCCUGUGGUAGUAGGUUGGCAGACAGCAACCACCCAGGGAGGUACUACCAUAGUGUGGUAGUAGGUUGGUAGACAACAACCACCCAGAGAGGUACUACCAUCCUGUGGUAGUAGGUUGGUAGACAUCAACCACCCAGGAAGGUACUACCACCCUGUAGUAGUAGGUUGGCAGACAGCAACCACCCAGGGAGGUACUACCAACUUGUGGUAGUAGGGUGGUAGACAGCAACCACCCAGGGAUGUACUACCAUCCAUUGGUAGUAGGUUGGUAGACAGCAACCACCCAGGAAGGCACUACCAUCCUGUGGUAGUAGAUUGGUUGACAGCAACCACCCAGUGAGGUACUACCAUCAUGUGGUAGUAGGUUGGUAGACAGCAACCACCCAUGGAGAUACUACCAUCCUAUGGUAGUAGGUUGGUAGACAGCAACCCCCCAGGGAGGUACUACCAUCCUGUGGUAGUAGGUUGGUAGACAGCAACCACCCAGAGAUGUACUACCAUCCUGUGGUAGUAGGUUUGUAGACAACAACCAUGCAAGGAUGUGCUACCAUCCUUUGGUAGUAGGUUGUAGACAGUAACCACCCAGGGAGGUACUAUCAUCCUGUGGUGACAAGUUGGUAGACAGCAACCACCCAGGGAGGUACUACCAUCCUGUGGUUGUAGGUUGGUAGACACCAACCUCUAAGGUAGGUACUACCAUCCUGUGGUAGUAGGUUGGUAGACAGCAACCACCCAGGGAAGUACAGUGGACCCUUGUUUUUCGUAAUCCGUUCCAAAGAGUGUGACUGUUAUCGAAAUUGACCAUUUGCUAAUCCUUUUUCCGCAUAAAUAAUGUAAAUCCAAUUAAUUUGUUCCAGACAUGCAGAAGUAUCAACAAAAAAAUUUUUUUUUUUACCUUAAAGAUAGAUUUACAUGCAAAAGAGAGUGAACAUUCAACAUGACAGUUACCUUUAUUGCAGGGCUGCAUCUGCUCUUCUUGCCACCUCCCUAGUUAAGAACGAUAAUAAAUUUGUUGAGUUAGGCAUAAGAAUUAUCAACUGGGCAUCUACACUGCAAACUGAAUUGUUUGCAAUCCUAAUGGCACUAAAGCUAACCUAUGACACUGAGCUUGACUCUAUCAUUAUUACUGAUUCUAUGUCAUCAUUGAAGGCUCUUGACUCAUAUUGUGACUCCAAUAACAUGCUCAUUGGAGAAGCCAGGUAUAGAUACUCAAAAAUCAGGGACAAAGGAAUUAAUGUACAGUUGCAUCACACAUUGGAUUACUCCUUCAUGAUAAAGUUGAUAUGUUAGCCAAGAAGAGUACCCAGAAGGAGAAUGUAGAAUAUAACUGGUAUAACUGUGUCUAGCAUUAGGAAUAAUAUUAGGAGAGAAGUAAAUAAUGAAAAUGAUUGUUAUAGGAAUGCAGUUAGAAGCCUGAGUAGAUCUGUAACCCACUAUGAUAACAUGAACAUAGAUAAGUAUGUUUAUGGAGCAACGUGCAAUGUGAACAGACUGACUGAUGUUGUAGUGGCCAGGCUUAGGCUUAGUUACAAGUACUUCUGGCAGUUUGGGAGACAGAUGAUCAAACUAAAUGUAAAUUAUGUGAUCAGGCAUAUGGUCACUGUCUUGAACACUAUGUGCUUAAUUGUCCACUUAUUGAGGAAUACAGAGACAGACAGUAUAAUAACCUAUGUGACAUGUCAAGAUAUCUUAUUAAUAAAAAUGAGAUACCAGAUAUACUAAGCAAAUUUCCUAAAUUUGCUUGUAACAGAUAAGUAAACUAUAGAUAUGUAGAUAUAAAUCCAUAUGUAUUCAUGUUAACCUCUUCGGGCCUAGUUCCUGGGCCUUUUGUGUAUCCAUAUGCUCUUGCAUGUGGAUAUGGGGAUGGAUAUUGGGUGCACAAUAAACUAGCCACUUUGGUGGCAAAAUCUAAUCUAAUCCUUUAUUGAAAGCUGUUGUUGAUGAAUAGAAGAUAGGGAGGAGGAGAGAGGGAAGACAGGGUAUUGUUUGGAAGGGGAAUCCCCUCCAUAAGGACUCUAGGUCACUUUCCUCUUCAAGGGGGGCACCUUGGUGUGAUGAAGAGGCUCUUGGUCUGAGGAAUUAGACCUGUUGGUCUCCUUCCUCAGACCAAACCUAAUUACCCCAAUAUUCCCCCUUCCCUCUCCCUUCCUCCCCAUCCUCCCCUUUUUCUUUUCCUCCUUCUCCUCCCCACCCCUCCCUUUUGGCCUUUGGGAUUUUUUCCCACAGGCACGCUAGUUCCUAGGUAGGGGAAAGGGUACUGGGGUCCAUCCCAUUCCAUUGAGGUUCUUGGCAGUGGCAUAGUUUGCCGUGGAAUCUGGAUUGCCUGGGGAUGUCCCGAUCCCUCUCCAGUAUCCUGGAGGGUGGCUUUGGGUGUCUCAGGUGACGGGUGUAUCUCUGGAAGCCACCUUUCGGAUUCCGGGGGUGGUGGCCGAAGGAGGUAUGCUUUGUGGUGGAUAUCCAGCCGCCCUCUAUUUUGUCCACCGAGGUAGCUCGGCAGAUGCGAGGAUGCUAUCCCGGAUUGCCACUUUACUAGCAUGAUGGGUAGGGUAUGGCACGGGUUCCAUGCUGCAUCUGCGCUACUUGUGGUGCUGAGGUCCUCUUGGGUGCGGAGGGAGAUUUCUGGCCCUUUCAUUCCUCCUAGGAACUAUC